CGCUCGAGUACACAAUUUGAACAUGAAGUUCCCGGGGGAACAGUUAAAGACUGCCCAACUGAUGGGGAUAUAGAAGAGAAACCUUGGAGAUACAUUGGAUACAAAGGAUAUACUCAGUUCAUAGCAUCAGAAGAUGACUUCUUUCUUCUUCGCAGAUUCGACGUACUCAAUGUGCGUGUCGGACUGGCGCUCCAGGAUGAGAUAUCGGAGCUUGAACAAGACUUAGAAGCUAUGGACGGUGUACUGAGCGGAAAAGAUGCAGAAGACUUCAACAAUGGUACACUGAGACAAGACGUGGACGAACGUUCUGAGCUGAUCAAAUUGAUACAAAAAAAGCUAGGAAAAUACAAUAAGUUCUUGAUACAACAAAACACUCUCCGAAAGCUUUCUAUAGCACCACGAAGGGACAUAAAAAACCUUCGAAAUUGGCAUCAUAACCGUGGCGAUGCGGCUAUCGCGGCAGAAGAACGGGAGUAUCUGGGUCACAAAGAGGACCUCAUAGCUUUGGCCCAAAAAGAAAAAAAACUCCCCUGCGACAAGUCAUCGACGGAUCCUUUCGCCUCCAAACGCUUUCUCUAUGGAGACAUAGAGAGGAAGAAGUUGAGACUUACGAUAAAGCAGACGUCUCUCACUAUUCCGACAAACGAAUGGACAGUUUCGCCUCUACUGUCAUUAUCGCCGUCGGAGUUCUGAUGCUCAUCACGCCCAUAUGGAUACUCCAGGCGCUGUCAGACUUAAAGCCAAAACUUAUUGUCAUUACGGUCUUCAUCCUUGUGUUCCUCCUCGUUCUUUCUCUGGCCAUGGUGGCGAAACCUUUUGAAGCACUGGGUGCAACAGCCGCG